AUGUUGUUGUCUUCUGCUCUUGCUGCCCUAGGCCUCCUCGCCACCCAAGUGACUGCUCACGGUGCUGUUACCAGUUAUGUUAUUGCUGGUACAACUUACAAAGGCUACAACGGCUUUGCUCCCAGCUCUGAACCCGUGAUUCAACGCCAGUGGCCCGACUACAACCCAACCUUAUCUGCUACUGACUCCAAGAUCCGUUGCAACGGUGGCACUUCUGCCCAGCUUUCGGCACCCGUCAAACCCGGAGAUAGCGUACAGGCUAUCUGGGCCCAGUGGACGCACUCUCAGGGACCCGUCAUGGUCUGGAUGUACAAGUGUGCCGGUGACUUUUCGUCUUGCGACGGCAGCGGCGCUGGUUGGUUCAAGAUUGACGAGUCUGGCUUCUCGGGCGACGGCAAGAACGUCUUUUUGGACUCGGAGACGCCCAGCGGCUGGGGCAUCGCCAAACUCGUGGGAGGCAACAAGGGUUGGACGAGCACCAUUCCGAAUCUUACACCCGGCAACUAUCUCAUCCGCCACGAGUUGAUCGCUCUACACCAGGCCAAGAAUCCACAGUGGUAUGCUGAGUGUGCCCAGCUCGUCGUUGGGGGUUCCGGCACGGGAUCGCCAAGUUCUGCGCAAAAGGCAUCGAUUCCCGGAUACGCGCAGCAGAGCGACCCCAACAUCAGCUUCAAUAUCAACGACCACACUCUCCCUCAGACAUACACCAUCCCCGGCCCCGCGGUCUUCAGGGGCUAA